UAUAUCUUUUCAGAAAUGUAUGACUCAAUGGUUUUUAUGAUUGUGAAACUUGGUUCCAUUUGGUUGUCUGAUUGUCUCCCUUCACUAAAUGUGUUAAAGGAACAAUGGCUUACACACAAAAGGGCUAUUGUUGAUCGAGAGCGCCAUGUUGCACCAAAAAAGGAGAUAUCCAAGGAAGCAAAGGAAGGGAAGGAAGUCAAAGAAAUGGAAUCAACAAAAGAUACUAAAAUCAUUGAUAAGCUUGAAAAAGAGCAACACUCUGUGUCAACCAGGCAGACCGGCAUAGAUAAAAAGGAAAAGAGUAACAAAGGGGACAAAGGAAAUACAUCCGAGGGAAGGGGUAAUGCAAGUAGCACAAAACUUGAAAGCAAGGAUGCAGAAGAAAGAGGCAAGGAAGCUCAAAAUGUUGAGAAACCAGAUUAAGGAGAAGUAGC